AUGGAAGACAUGUUGGGUUUGCUUCAAAUCUUGGGUUCUUGCAAUGGUUUGUUGCUUGUAAGCUAUUCCUUUUAUCUCUACUUGUGGAACCCUUCAACAAACCAAUGCAGAAAAGUGCUUAAGCUUCUGAAUUCAAGCCCCGGCGACCGAGUUAGCUCGAGAGUUUAUGAUAUCUCUGGACUCUGUUACGACUCGUUCGCUGAUGAUUAUAAAGCAGUAAUGGUUUUUGGCCAAGUUGCAUUGGUUGUUAGUUUGAAAACCAAAUAUUGGUACAGGAUUGAGUUCCCCUAUGGCGGAGAAUUGAAAUCGGGGCCUGUAGUGGAUGAAAGGUUGCAUUGGUUGGUUGCACACACUGAGAUCGUUUGUUUUGAUCCAUGGACAGAACAAUUUGUAGAAGUUCCAACGCCGCGGGCUAGAAAUAGAAUAUUGGGAUUGGGAGUUUUGAAGGAAUGCCUUUGUAUGGUGCAAUGUUUCGACUAUGAAAUUGAGGUAUUGGUCAUGAAGGAAUAUGGUGUUGGGGAAUCAUGGACUAUUUUGUUCAAUUUGUUUGAUAAUGUCGUGGGACAAACACAUGAGAUGGUGUCUUUCUGCUAUACAAAGCAUGGUGAAAUUCUUAUGGCAAUGGAUGAGAAGCAAACAUUGGUGUACAAUCCGAAAGAGGACUCACACAGAGUGAUUCAAAUCCUGAACGAUGACUAUUAUUAUGUGUCUGCAUACGAGGAAAGCCUGGUUUCGCCCUCUCACUAUGGUGAUGAAGGAGAUUGGGAAGAAGGAAGACCGGAAGAAGUCUUGGAUUUGAUUAGCGAGUUGGAGUGGGAUUGUGAUUGUGACCGCUGCUGUGGAUGGUUUAAGAGGGACAUAGAAGAUGACCACUACAUCAACUGGGAAGAGGAAGAUAUGAUCGAUGAUUGUGAGGAAGAGUUCUUCAGAACACGAAAAACCCGAAACAGAAACAGAAUCUGA